AUGUUUCGUCAAAUAGUUGUAACUGAAACCCAUCGUCCCUAUCAGCGAUUGUUAUAUAGAUUCAACCCAGACGAGCCUGUGCAGGAAUAUGAAAUGAAUAGAGUCACCUUUGGUCAAAAAUGUUCGCCAUUUAUUGCGAUUCGUACGUUACAUAAAUUGGUCGACGAUGAAGCGUCUAACGAUGAAAAAUUAAAAGCUAUCGUUCAUCAGGAUCUCUAUGUCGAUGACAUAGUAACCGGUAAAGGCACUCUAAAUGAAGCGCUCGAAUUGACACAAAACCCAAUCACAUUAUUCGAAAAGGGUAAGUUCGAACUGCGAAAAUGGUCAAGCAACUCUGAGCAACUGUUGACCCAUAUUCCGCUAGAACACCGACAACUACUUCCAAUUACUUUUGACGAACGUGAUUCCUACUGCACAAAAGUUCUCGGUUUAAAAUGGGACCCGAAAGUGGACUCACUCAGCUACCAAUAUCAACCCUGUCCAGUAAAAUUCAGCAAACGAGCAAUACUAUCAGAAAUCGCGCGUAUCUAUGAUCCUCUCGGUCUUCUCACUCCUGUUACCACGGAUUUAAAAAGAUUAAUGAAAUACCUCUGGUUGGUUGGGGUAAAUUGGGAUGAAACAAUACCGGAAGAAGCAAUGACCUCUUGGAUCCAAUACCACCGAGAGUUACCCGUUCUAGCUACCUUGCAAAUUCCUCGCAUGGUUACCCAUCCCAAUGCUAUCUACGAGUUACACGGAUUUAGUGAUGCCUCUGAAGCAGCGUAUGCGGCGGCCGUGUAUCUAAGAACUGAUACUGGCACAGAAGUAAAGUGUCAUCUCUUGAUGGGAAAAUGGAUAGCACCAGCUAAGAAGAUAUCUGUUCCGAGACUAGAGUUAUGUGGUGUUUGGUUAAUAGCCCGUCUUCUCGCAUUUGCGCAAGAUAACUUAUCCGCAAUCAAUAUAGAAAGAGUUACCGCAUGGUCUGACUCCACGGUAACGCUACAUUGGAUAAGAAGUUCGACCUCACGACUAAAAACAUUCGUAGCAAAUCGAGUAUCCAAAAUUCAAGAACAAACUCAUGUGGAGAAUUGGCGUCACGUACCAACCAAGGACAACCCAACGGACUGCGCAUCCCGUGGGCUCAGACCCGACCUUUUAGCCGCCCACGACAUAUGGUGGCAUGGUCCUCCGUUUCUCCGACAACCUAAAAGAGAAUGGCCUGUGGAAAGCACGGUGAAUCCUAUUAGUUAUUCAGAGGAAGAAAAUGAAGAAAAACCUAUUACGCUUUUGUCCCGCGAAAAAGAGGUAGACUGUCGGCUUCUUUAUCAAUCAGAUAAUUUACCAAAAGUUUUAAGACUCACCGUCUAUUGGUUAAGACUUCGAGAUCGUCUUGGAAAAAAAAAACCGGUCUUACCGAUCACUUCUCCACCUACUACAGACGAAACGGAUAGAGCACUUCGCUCCUUAGUACGCUGGACUCAAAACAUAUAUUUUUUCGACGAGAAAAAAGAGCUCUCCAUGGGAAAACCAGCUCGGAAGCAUUUGAGAAAAUUAACACCAUUUCUGGACGACGACCACGUGCUGAGGGUGGGCGGUCGUUUAGGAUAUGCCGAAAUUCCUUACAAUGAAAAACAUCCCUUACUGUUGCCAAAGUCUGCGCGAUUGACUGAGCUCCUAAUCGACUCUACUCACCGGAAAAAUGGACAUCCAGGACCACAAACGGUACAAUAUUUACUACGUCAAAAUUAUUGGAUCCUGUCAUCCCGAGGUGUCAUCAAACAAAGAAUUCAUCGAUGCAUACCGUGCUUCCGCGCAAAACCUCGCCCGGCCCAACCUAUUAUGGGAAACCUACCGUCUUUUCGCAUUUCCCAAAUAAAGCCAUUUAGUAGAACCGGAGUAGAUUUUGCUGGACCCUUCCAGGUAAAAGCAGCAAUGAUCCGAAAAAUAAAGGUCACAAAGGCGUACAUCUGUAUUUUUGUAUGUAUGGUAACAACCGCAGUUCACAUUAAACUAGUUUCUGAUCUAUCAACUCCAUUGCUUAUAGCUGCACUUGAUCGGUUUAUUGGAUGA